CUUGCUCGGAGUCGCAGCCCGAUGGGGUGAAUCGCAGGUUUCUGGCGGAGCGGGUGGGCGCUUCUCUCCUCCUCCCGCUCGGGGCGACCAGGGCGUUCGCAGGCACCUCGGAGCGGCCCCCGCCGCGGCCCGUUCCGCCCGGGGCAGCUGGCUCCGGAUGGCGUAGCCGGGCUGCACCCCUGGAGCGCAGGGAAAGUUGUUGCCGUUUCCUCUGAAGUUGCUCCUGGGGGUGUCCCGGGUUGACAGACCCGCUGAGAGUAGAUAAUUAAAAGUCUGGAAGACUUGAUUUCAAAGCAUAUACCACUGAUUUCAAAGGAAGUACAUCUACAUGAAGAACUACAAAAGGAGUUGAUUUGAGAAGACCCAGUGUUGCAAAAAUGACUUCAAGUUGUGUGAUUCCAGUGUUUGCUUUGAUGAUUUUGUGUUUAGCAGCUGCAGGUCCUGUGCCUAGGAGUGAAUGUGUGUUAUCGGCUGUCAACAGUUCCCACCCAGUUCAUGCCUUGCUGGAGAGCUUUACCGUCUUAUCUGGUUGUGCAAGCAGAGGCACAAUGGGCCUACCGCAGGAGGUGCACAUCCUCAACCUUAGAAAUCCAGAGGAAGGUCUUGGCCAUCAUGAAAAAGAGGUCACGUUACAUUUGAAUCCCAUUUCCUCAGUGCACGUUCAUCAUAAGCCUGUGGUGUUCCUACUGAACUCUCCUCAGCCCCUGACCUGGAAGCUGAAAACAGAAAGAUUGGCAUCUGGAGUCCGAAGAUUUUUCUUCGUAUCUCCAGGUUCCAUUGUUCAAUUUGAGAAGGGAAAUUUCUCCUUGGCAACAGAAACCAAGGAAAAGCCUUUCCCUCAGGGAAAUGAACAUCUGUUACAGUGGGCCCAAAAGGAAUAUCGAGCAGUCACGUCUUUCACUGAACUCAAAAUAUCGAGAAACAUUUACAUCAAAGUGGGAGAAGAUCAAGUUUUUCCUCCCACAUGCAACAUAGAAAAGAAUUUCCUCUCUCUGAAUUACCUUGCGGGAUAUCUACAACCAAAGACAGCGGAUGGGUGCCUUAUGUCUGCCACAGACCAAGAAAGAGAGGUUCAUAUAAUUGAAUUAAUCACUCCAAACUCCAAUCCCUACAGUGCUUUCCAGGUGGAUAUAAUCAUUGACAUUAGACCAUCUCAACCAGACGUCAUGCUUGUCAGGGACCUCAUACUUAUCCUCAAGUGUAAAAAGUCUGUCAAUUGGGUUAUCAAGUCACAUGAUGUUCAGGGAAAACUGGAAGUGAUUGCACCAAACAGUAUUGGCUUUGGAAAAGAAACGGAACGAUCUAUGAUUAUGACUAAAUUAGUAAUACCUGAUAUUCCCUCAUCUCAUGAGAAUUUGAUUAAGUGGGCUUAUGACCAUGGCUAUAGCCCAGUUACUUCCUACACAAUAGCCCCUGUGGCUAAUAGGUUCCAUCUGCGAAUUGAAGACAGUGAAGAGAUGAAUGACGAAGACCACCCUUUUCUUCCCCCAGAGCUGACCGAACUGUCAGAUAACCCUCUGCCUGCUUUGAAGGAGCCCACAUUAAGCGACGGCCUGGGUUUUCCUUUUCACAUUAACAGAGGAAGGCACGAUAAGGUGGGAGAAGGAAUUUCCUUACCAAGGGAUACAGAAGACACAAUAAUGAGUCGUUUCUAUGAGCAACUGCUUCAAGAAUCUGAAGAACCUGAAGAGGUGCAGGGAAGCAUUGAUGUAGCCCUCUCAGUAAAAUGUGAUGACAAAAUGAUGACUGUUGCAGUAGAAAAAGACUCCCUGCAGGCUAAUGGUUACACAGGGACAGAACUCUCACUACUAGAUCCUGCCUGUAAAGCGAAGAUGAAUGGUACCCAUUUCAUUUUGGAAUCUUCGUUGCACAGCUGUGGGACUCAACAGAUAGACUAUGCCUUGGAUAACAUAGUUUAUUUUAACUCUAUUGUUAUUCAGCUGUCAUCACCAGUGGAAAGUAGUGGUUGGGGAAUUGAUGAUGAAGAUGUCGAAUCGGGUGAUAAUGGAUUUCCAGGAGACACUGAUGAAGCAGAUGCUACCUUUCCAAGCAGGCCUGAAAUAGUUGUGUUUAACUGCACACUCCACCAGGCAGAGGGUGGCAAACGCUUACCUAAUCCUGCGCCUCCUGAACCCCGCAUCAGCAAUGUGACCUUCAACAUGGAGCUUUAUAAAACAGACCUCUUCUUCGCUCCCUUACAAGGACUCUUCUCUGUUGCUGAGAAUGGACAGAUUUACGUUGAGGUUUCUGUGACGAAAGCUGACAGAGCCCUGGGUUUUGCGAUCCAAACAUGUUUUGUUUCACCAUAUUCAAACCCUGAUAUGAUAUCUGAUUACACCAUCAUAGAAAACAUUUGUCCUAAAGAUGAAUCUGUUAAAUUCUACAAUGUCCAGAAGGUGAACUUUCCUAUACCACAUGCACAGAUGGACAAAAAGAGGUUUAGCUUUGUGUUUAAACCUAUAUUCAACAUCUCAUUGCUCUUUCUUCAUUGUGAGCUGACUUUGUGUACAAAUAAAGAAAAAGACACUCAAGGACUGCCGAAGUGCAUUCCUCCUGAUGAAGCCUGCACCUCGCUCAAUGUUGAUAUGAUCUUGGCCAUGAUGCACAAUAAGAAAACUUUCACCAAGCCCCUUGCUGUAAUAACCCAUGAAGAAAAGCCAAAAGGUCCACCUACUCACAAGCCAAAAGGCAAUGGGAUGCAGCCACCAGUUUUCUAUGGUCUGGACACUCUGACCGUUGUGGGCAUCGCCUUUGCAGCAUUUGUGAUUGGAGCACUGCUGACAGGAGCACUGUGGUUUAUCUAUUCUCACACAGGACCUCUGCCUCAUUCAGUGCACAAAAUGGACAAGAAAAGGGGAAACAGCAGGAAGACAGCAGGUCCCCACAUACCCACCAGCCUCUGAAAACAGCAGUGCCGCACACAGUAUCGGCAGCACACAAAGCACCCCCUGUUCUAGCAGCAGUACAGCCUAACCCAAGGGGAAAUAAGUCCAAGGAGCAUCAUAGGAGGGCAGAGGUUCAAAGAGACAGUUUGUUGACAUUAGCUGUCUAAAGUUGGAAGGAUUAAUUUGGUUUCUUUUGAGAAAGGAGGGAUUUCACUGUAGAAAAAAAAAUCACCGGAUCUUUUGGAUAAAUACAGUCUUUGGACCUUUCUACAGCAUGUUAUGCUACAUGAGACAAAGCUAUUAAUUCUACAGUACUGCAACCUGUUAAAAGGGUGUGUGGGCUCUCAGUGCGAAAUACAUGCCAGUUUGAAAAAUGCUGCUUUGUCUAUACAAAAUAAUUUUUGGUUCCUAAACCUUUUCACUGAUAAGGUGUUCGUAAAGGGAUUUCAACAAGAUAAGUAGAAUAAAGGAGAUCUUAGGUCAAAGGAUUCCUACACAUCAGAAGAAGAAAGUCUCAAGCUCAGAUCUACUUGGUUAAAAACCAUUUUAUUACUUCAGCUAUAUUUAACCACUUCAAAAUAACGCCUUGUUUUCUUGAGCUUGACUGCUAUAGCAUCUUACCUGCUUUCUUGUUUUGUGUACAGUUUCAGGUGUUUAACAUGUGUUUGCCUUUGGUAAUUAUAAUGCUCACUAAAGCAACAUUCCCUUUCUUGUUCACUGGGCCAAAACUAUCUUCAGUUAGGGGUUUUUACCCACUAUACACACAAAGAUUAAAGAAAGAUAAUAUGCACUAAUGUUAAUGUGUGUAUACUUAAUGAAAUAUCUUUAUGCAAAUGUGUAUACCACAGUAUACACCAUUUUACUUAAUCUAGCAUGUCUAUUUUUUAGACAGGGAAAAUGAUCUUAAUAUCCCACUCUACUCAUGAGGAGGAUGUUAGAUAUUUAUAAUUGGCUCUUUAGUUUAUAUGCAUAUUUUGAAAUUAAUAUAGAAAAAAAGUAUAUUGAAAUAUACUUGGCUCAGUCCUACAUUCUUUGUGUGCCCUGAAUUCCAGUUGACAUCACUGUGAUUUUGAGUGCACAACGGAUAUACAACCGAGCCUAUCUGUAUAAAACACUGCGUAUAAAAAUUAAACUGUUCUUUUAAGAUAACAGUCCACAGCGGUUUGUGUCAAACUACUAGUUAGUCAUAUGAACUUCGCAGUUGGAUAUUCCCAAAGUAAUGUUAGAAUGUGAGAUGGGCAAUAAGGCACUAAUUUUCAUAGUAUUAUUUUAGUGCUUUUGCCAUACCCUGACCUUACAAUAAAUCCCAAAUGGAGGGAAAAAUUAGAUGUGAACUACUUUGAAUAUUAUGGUGUCACUUUGCAACUGUAAUAUGCUCUGAUUCCUCUGUUUUUGGUUUGUUUUGGGUUGUUGUUUUUUAACGUGAACGCUAUUCUCUUGUCACAGGAUAUGAAUGACUUUAGUAGAGGCUGCUUGUAUUCUACAGCAGGAGAAUAGGAUUCUUUAUAUUAGGGCGAUAUUCUCCUAAGUCUGAACUCAAUAUUUCUAUUGCUAACUCUACACUUACGCCAUGUA